AUCUCCCUUCACCAAAUUAAAGAACGAAGAUGGAAACCCUAACCCUAACAAAUUCCCUGAAUCCCUCCCCCAAUUCAAAGAAUUCUAGGGUUCCUCUACAGCCGAGGAUCUCAAAUCGAAAGGGCUCACAAAGACUAAAAAAUGGAAACUUUAACGACACUCAGCUCGCGAAAGUGCACUCAGAGACGAAAGCUCAGAGCUUUCGGCCCAACUGCGCUUCUCUUUCUGCUCUGAUGCUUUAUUAUGCCCAAAAUGGAAAUUUUUCCAAUGCCCAAGCUUUAUGGGGUGAGAUUAUAAGUAGUUCAUAUAAGCCCAGCAUUGAAAUUGUUUCCGCCCUUAUGGAUGUUUAUGCAAAGUUUGGGGAAUUUGAUGAGAUAGUUAGAAUUGUGCAGGAAUCAGUCUAUAGAGAUUUUGGUUCUGAGCUGGGGAUUUAUUCCUUGGCUGUCUCUUGCUUUGGAGAAUCUGGGCAGCUUAAUAUGAUGGAGGAUAUAAUUAAAAUUAUGGUUUCGAGAGGGUUAAAGGUUGAUUCUUUGAUUGGGAACGCGUUCGUUAAGUAUUAUAGCAUGUUUGGUUCUUUAGAGGAGAUGGAAGUAGCUUAUCAUCGAAUGAAGAGAUCGAGAAUUCUUAUAGAAGAAGAAGCUAUCAGGGCGGUAGCACGUGCUUAUAUAAGCGAGAAGAAGUUCUAUAAGUUGGGGGAGUUCUUGAGGGAUGUGGGACUCGGUAGGAGGAACACUGGGAAUCUAUUAUGGAAUUUGCUUUUGCUCUCUUAUGCUGCCAAUUUUAAGAUGAAGAGCCUUCAGAGGGAGUUUUUGAAUAUGGUGGAGGCUGGAUUUAGGCCUGAUCUCACUACUUUUAAUGUGCGGGCUCUUGCUUUUUCGAGGAUGUGCAUGUUUUGGGAUCUUCAUUUGAGCAUUGUUCAUAUGAAACAUGAAGGGCUUGUUCCUGAUCUUGUGACAUAUGGUUGUGUUGUGGAUUUGUAUUUGGAGAGAAGGCUUGGGAGAAACUUGUCUUUUGCUUUGGAUGAAUUGGAUGGGGAGAGCUCUCCCGUAGUUGAAACUGAUUUGUUGGUGUUUGAUGUGUUUGGCAAGGGAGAUUUCCACUCAAGUUCGGAGGUGGUGUUGGAGUCGAGCAAGAGAAGAGAAUGGACUUACUCUAAGUUAGUGAAGAUGUAUUUGAAGAAGCAAUACAGAAGGAAUCAAAUAUUUUGGAAUUAUUGAUAGUUUCCAUGGCAUCAUGUGCGUCUAUCUCUGUCUAUUCUCAAUAUAAGCUUAGCUGCGAGAAAGUGAAGCAGUAUCUCUGAUGGCUGUAGCAGUGACUUAAAACACUUUUUCGGAAGAUAAAGCAUCCAUUUUCCCGCUAUUAAGUUUCUAAGCUAAUGGAGUCUAAUUCUACCCAUAAUUCUAUAGCAGAUAAUGUAGAAGCAGAUUCAUCUAAUGAAGAAUUAGAAGACAUGUCUAGUCCUGUUCAGAAAAAA